CUUCCCCACACAACUCAAAAAAACAAAACUUUAAGCUACCCCAAUUGAAACUUUUUUCCCCUUAAUUCUUCUCAUAUCAAGAACCAAAAUGGCUCUAAAGAAAUCAAGCAAACACUUUACUCAAUCUGCAGCCUUCAAACAAAUUAUGAAAAGAUGUUCAAGCUUUGGAAAGAAUGAGAAUGGAUUCCCUCAAGAUGUCCCAAAAGGCCAUUUUGUAGUAUAUGUGGGUGAAAAUAGAAGCAGAUAUAUAAUCCCCAUUUUUUGGUUGUCACAUCCUGAAUUUCAAAGUAUGCUUCGAAGGGCUGAAGAAGAAUUUGGAUUCAAUCAUGAUAUGGGACUUACUAUCCCUUGUGAUGAAGACGAUUUUUGCUCCCUAAUAUCAAUGUUCAGAUAAAAAAUUGAAGGACUUGAGUUGAUGAUCUUUUAUUAUAUAUGUUUUUACUUGGAAAUUAUCAGUGAGCCGCCACUGAAGAGAUGAAAAGUAAGACUGCAUACAAAAGAUCUAAUGCUGUCCAACUCUUCUCUGAAGUCCGGAUCACGCGCACAACAGAAACUUAGUGCACCGAGCCGUCCUUCAUUAGUCAGACACAAUGGCAUCAAAUGAAUAGUUAAGUUCAACUAAGAAAGAAACACCAUCUAACUCUUUAGGGGGUGAGUUUGUACAAUCACAUGUACUUAAUAUUUUGAUCAGCGGAAAUGCAGUGUUCUAGGUUCAGUUGAACUUGAACCCAUUGUAUGUAGUACUUUCCCAUGUACUUAAUAUUUUGUACAAUCACAUGUACUUAAUUAGGGGGGAAGUAUACAUCUUUUUAGUCAUCCACUUUAAAUUUGAUAAACAAAAGUAAUGGUCAUGAGAGGUGAAAUCAGAAUUUAAAUAUGAUAAA